CAACCACUUUACUCUGACACUGCGCAGGGCUUCACGCCAGUGAGAAAACAGAAUAGCGCCAGUCCUCAGGGGGGCAAGCAACCAUUGGCAUUACUCAAGAACCCAGGCCAAAGAAAAGACAAACGUUGGAUCCAGGGGCUGAUCCGCUCCGGGACAAGACUCGACUAGUGGAUAAGAUAGCGAUCGCCCCAACGCCAUUGAAUCUAUUUUCUCCAUUCAAUGCUGCAUUCCAGCCAUCAGAAUAAUUCUGCAGUUCCGACGAUCUUUCCUUUCCUCCCCUCGAAUCCCUCAUCACCACUCUCCUUGAGGCCUGUCACCACCAUCUUCGGCCUCCCUCGUUGCCGCUAGAAUGGGUUGGCCACAGUGCAAUUCGACGAUAGAAAAUGAGACCAUUCACGAGGUCGAGUUGUGGGAUGGCGGCCUCACCUUCCACACUCUCUGCUUGAUCGCCGGAGGGGUUUUCGCGCUCACUGCGGCCGGCGUUUCUUUCUUUCUGAUUAUGUGCCAUGCCACGCAUUACAGCAAACCCGUGGAGCAGCGCCAUAUCAUUCGCAUUCUUCUCAUGAUCCCCGUCUACUCCCUGGUCGCAUGGCUCGGAACCUACUACUACAAGAAAAGCGUCUACUACACAGUGCUCGGCGACUGCUACGAGGCUUUUACGAUAUCCGCCUUCUUCUCCCUCCUCUGUCACUAUAUCGCGCCGGACCUCCGUAGCCAAAAGGAUUACUUUCGUGGAAUUGAGCCCAAACCGUGGGUCUGGCCAAUGUCAUGGUUGCAAAAAUGCUGCGGCGGGGAACAUGGAAUAUGGCGGACACCACGGAGCGGACUGACCUGGUUCAAUGUCGUCUGGACCGGUGUCUUCCAGUACUGUCUUUUGCGUGUGCUCAUGACAAUUGUCGCCGUGCUCACGCAAAAGGGUAACGUCUAUUGUGAGGAAACGCUAAAUCCGAAGUUCGCGCACAUUUGGGUGAUGGCCAUCGAGUGUAUUGCGGUCAGUAUCGCCAUGUAUUGCCUGGUGCAGUUUUAUAUCCAGGUCAAGGAAGAUAUCAGUCAGCAUCGACCCUUUUUGAAGAUUCUCUCCAUCAAACUGGUGAUUUUCCUUUCUUUCUGGCAAUCAAGUAUGAUAUCGUUUCUCUUCUCCUCCGGGGUCAUCAAGGCAACCAAGAAGCUCCAUGCCAGUGAUCUGAAAGUGGGACUUCCCAAUUUCUUGAUCUCCAUGGAAAUGGCCAUCUUCGCAGUCUUGCACCUGUGGGCUUUCUCCUACCAGCCGUAUUCUCUGAAGAACUCUCACCCAGCCGAAGUCACCGACUUCUAUGGAAACGGCAAGGCGACGUACCAAGGCGGCCGGUUUGGAUUUCGCGGUCUUGGAGACGCGUUCAACCCAAUGGAUCUCAUCAGGGCCGUGUCCCGGGCUAUGCGAUGGCUCUUCGUCCGUCGCAAGAGACGCACCAUGGAUCCCAGCUACCACACCUCCACCGAAGGAAUUGGUCUCGAUACCACCAACGGUGGCGCCGUCACGGCGACCGGUACUCCGAUUGCUGGCGGCCGUCGAUAUCCCACCUCGCCUGACGAAGAAGGCGAUGUGCUCUUGUCCCACGCGCAGCCUACCCCUGCCACCGACCUAUCCAUGAUGCCGCCGGGCUACGAAGAAACCGAUAGCCGCUUCUACAACCAUAACCGACUCAGCGCGAUCUCCUUGCUCGAGCCGGGCAUGCAUUCUCCGCAGCCGUACUCGCCUUACGAGGACAGCUUCCACAACCCUUACAUGAACAUGAUGCCGGAGGAUACGGCUGAUCAUUCUCACUCUCCGAAUCCGCACAGUCAGACUCAGAAUCUCACUUCUCCUCAUGAACCCCCGACCAUCAUUACCACACACACUACAAACAACACUACAGCACCUUAUCCCUCUGAUGAGCUACAAGAGCAAGCGCCUAUCCCUCUCCCAGACACAUAUCGCCCGCCUCCACUACAUCAUGACAGUGAUCCUAACAUCCAACGAUACCCUCAUUCAUAGUACUGGCUAGACUUUCAAAGAGGAAUUGUCUCAGGUCCAGCCAGACUACAGGUCUGAGAGUGAGUGGAGUGGAUGAAUCCCUUCUUAUGGUCGAGACGAACAUACCAUCAUUUUGUUCUUUCUGUUCGCUUUUUCUGGUUUUCUGGUUGUUUAUACCCUAUUUUAUCUAUGUCCUAGGAUUCUUUUUUUCACUUCUUUUCCCACCUUUUACUUUGGCUUCUUGUACAUGACAUCACGGCUGGAUUGCCUCUUGCGCUUUGAAGGGAAGUGCAGGCAGGGGUUCUCUUGACCCGUUUUCAGAAUCUCUUAUACGCUUUGAUUAGAUAGAAUC